AUGGCGAUAGAAGAAGAAAUAUCCGAAGAUUUAGGCUUUAAAUUAGAACAUGGCAUCCCACUUUUUGAUCCAUUGGAUUUGCAAAAGUUAGCCGCAAAACACUUGAAAUUGUUGGCUAUACACGAUGAUUUGAUGGUGGCAUCAAAUAGUGAUUGCUUAAAGGUUAUAUCAUUAAAGGAUUUAAACGAGAUAACCACUAUUGAGGGAGAUUUUAGUAUUACCCAAUUGCAUUUUGUUGGAAACGAAUUGUUUGUUCUCGACGACUCGAAAGUAAAGUCGUUGACGGUAGACCAGCUCAAAACUAAAGACUACACUUUUCGUACCAUCAGAGAAGGUUUUGUUGAUAUACUCCCAUCAUCGUCGGGAAUAUUGGCAUUGAACGCCGACAACGAGUUAUACCUCAACUCAGAUAAGAUAGCUUCCAAUGUCUCAGCAUUCUGCUGGACAUCGUCGCUGUACAUUUAUGCUUCAAAAGAUAAGCCUUACGAAAUAAACAACAAAAAAAUCAACGUCAAAGAUGCUGACAAACUUUGUAUUGUUGAAAUGUUCCCAAUAAAUGAAAAGUACUUAUUUGUUGCUUACGAUAAGGUAGAUGCCGAAUUGGAUGACCAUGAUGUUAGGUCGUUUAUUUUGGAAGAGACGGAUAAAUACUAUAUUGCCCACGACGCUGAUAUCGCCCCUGCAUUUGCGUCUGUGGCUAGGGCUGUAACAUAUUACCAUGCACAACUAUUGGAUUGGUAUAAAUCAGAUACGUUUUCCCUCAUCACCUCGUCAGUAGCCAUAGAUUUAGGAAUGUUGGACACCACCAAGGAACAAACUCCAAAGAUAAUUGCCCAGUCUGAAGACAUAAACCGUGCCCAAUUCCCCAUUGAUGAAGAAUCAGGAGAAGAUUGCUCGCCAGUUGGGUUUGGCUUGUCUUUUAACGAACUUACAUCAAAAGUUCUUGAACCGUGUCCUGGUGCUGACGAGGCUACUGGGGUUUUGCCUAGAGUAUACACCUUGCUUCACACAGGUAACUUAAUUUCUUGGUGGGUGUUCCAUAAAUCAGCAAUCCUAAACAAUGAAUUGUCAUUGGAGAAUGCAAUCAAGGCGGCAUCCAAAAAGCAGCCAAGUGAAGUUGCCCAAACGACAAACAAUCCCUUUGGUAACACCCCAUCUAGUGUUUUUAGUGCAAGUAAAUCAGCAUUUGGCCAGGCUGGGUUUGGUAGUUCUGGUUCAGGGAAAGCAAAUCCUGCGUUUGGAACUACAGGAUUUGGUCAAACAGGAUUCGCAAAACCUACAGGAUUUACCCAAUCAACCGGAAGCCCUUUUUCUGGCUUUGCCACUGGUGGGUCAGCAUUUGCGAAACUUGGAUCGGAUGGUACUUCAAUUUUUGGUGGCACCUCAUCUGUUUCCAGCAACGACUUAAAAAAGGAAAGUACCUCCUCGAACAAGGAAAUUACAGAACUUGCCGACGAAAGUGAAAUAUCAUUGCCGGAACUGGAAGAAAGUGACUACAGCGAUGAAGAGGAACAGAUAGAAAACAUAAAUGACACACAAGACAAUGCAGCAACUAUCCCUUCAGAAAGCACAUCUCAAGUGGUACAACCACAAGACAAGGAGAUUGUCCAACCCUCUCUCAAACCAGUACAGUUUUCUGUCUUUAAUGGUUUCACCAGCCCUACCAAGCCAUCUUCUAACGAAAUCGAAAGCAAGAUUAUUAACAUAAUUGAGAAUACAGAAGGUAACUUACAAGUAAUGAAUACCAAUAUAAAACAAUUGGGAGAGUUUAUUGCCCAGCACGAAAAAAUCGACAAGGGCAUAGAUAGUCUCAAAUUUGCCGAGGCAAGAGUCCCACUCCGUGAUACAAUCGAGACUUUACAACGAGAAUUAGUAGACUCAACUAACCUAUCAACAAAAAUCCAAAAAAGUUUUGGUGAAAAGGUCAAACUUGAUCGUCUUUACAGUCAAUUGGCAUUGGCAGCAGAUAAAAACUCUGCCAACAAAGAUGUCCUUAAAUCUCGACCUUUGGAUUUUAAAAAUGACUUGAUGCAAACAAAAUUGCGUGAAAAAUUGAACAACGUGAGAAGCUUAGAAAAGAAAGUGUUGGCGUUGUUGAUGCCAAUAAAGGCAAGAAAUUCCAUGGACGAUCAAACAAUCGAUAACAUUGAAAGAAUUGUAUUUCAAAUCAACGAACAGAUUUUGGAUCACUCAGUAAGUGUUGAUGAUUUGGCAACACGAAUGGGAGAGCUAGACAUUGAAAGCAACAAGAAGGUUGACGUGUUGUCCAGCUGCUCAAAGUUAAAGUUGAGAAAGAAAUUAAGACAAAUGUAG